GGUGAGUGUCCCCGAGUGUGUCCCGUCCCCUCCGCCCCGACGGCGCGGCCGGCCCGGCCCCGUGGUGCUGCCCGGGCCGCGCGGCGCUCCCUGCGGCCUCUGUCCGCCCGCUCUUGCAGGGGGUUAUGAAGCCUUCUCGUCUGCCUGCCCCGAGCUCUGCACCAAGCCGACCGCCCCGACGGGCCUGAGCCUGCCCCUGAGCGAGGCUGGCGCGCCCGGCAGCGCCGACUCGGGCUGCAGUUCGUGCGGCACCCCGCUCUAUGACCAGGGGGGACCCGUGGAGAUCCUGCCCUUCCUCUACCUGGGCAGUGCCUACCAUGCGUCGCGCAAGGACAUGCUGGACGCCCUGGGCAUCACGGCACUCAUCAACGUCUCUGCUAACUGCCCCAACCACUUCGAAGGGCACUACCAGUACAAAAGCAUCCCCGUGGAGGACAACCACAAGGCAGAUAUCAGCUCCUGGUUUAACGAGGCCAUUGAUUUCAUAGACUCGGUUAAAAACGAUGGUGGAAGGGUAUUUGUGCACUGCCAGGCUGGCAUUUCUCGGUCAGCAACCAUCUGCCUUGCUUAUCUCAUGAGGACCAACAGAGUUAAACUGGAUGAAGCCUUUGAGUUUGUGAAGCAAAGAAGAAGCAUCAUCUCCCCAAAUUUCAGCUUCAUGGGACAGCUGCUUCAGUUUGAGUCCCAGGUCCUUGCCCCAAACUGCUCAGCAGAAGCUGGUAGCCCUGCUAUGUCCGCUGUCCUGGACAGAGGAGCAUCAACCACAACCGUCUUUAACUUUCCAGUUUCCAUCCCUGUUCACACAUCGUCCAGUGCUUUAAGCUACCUUCAGAGCCCCAUCACCACUUCCCCGAGCUGCUGAAAGGCAGGUGAAAAACACAGUCAGAACUUGGACUUUUAUUGUCUCGAAGUGCAAUAACUAUGGGGACAGUGUCAUCCACAGCCACCUGCAUUUUGUGGAGAUCCAUUCAUCCAUCCCAGAGCACCGCCGUAAGCUGAGAGGAGCUCACC